AUGGCUGAUCUCGUCGAUUCCAUGCUGGAUCUCAUGCGACGGCUACCACCAACUCGAACUGAAGAAAACGUCAACGCCUUAAUUGGUAUCUGUCCCGACUAUGCCGACGACUUGCUGGGCAGCGUAGAUCAGCCUCUACAGCUCAAGACGGAUCGCUCAACGGGAAGAGAGUAUCUUGCCUGCGACUACAAUAGGGACGGGGAGAGUCAUAGAUCACCCUGGUCGAACGAGUAUGAUCCCCCUCUAGAAGAUGGCACUGUGCCCACACCGAAGCUUCGUAAAUUAGAAAUAUCUGCUAAUGAAGCGUUUGAUACGUACCGGGAGAUGUACUAUGAAGGCGGUGUUUCGUCUGUAUAUUUGUGGGAUCUUGAUGAUGGUGGGUUUGCAGGAGUGGUAUUGUUGAAAAAAGUUAUGACGCCAGCCUCUCUACACGAGCCGUCCGGAAGUUGGGACUCUAUCCAUGUAUUUGAAGCGGCAGAACGCGGGCGGCAGGCUCACUAUAAGUUAACGUCUACCGUCAUGCUGCAGCUUGUAACCCGCAAUGGGUCUGAUGCAGAAGACACGCAGAAGAAGGAUGUCAAAGGUGCUGAUAGUUGGAAGCGCAACGGAGAAGUGAAUCUUAGCGGAAGCAUGACACGCCAAACUGAGCAAGAUAUGGCUCUGCACGACCUUUCAUCUCACGUCACAAACACUGGAAGAAUGAUUGAAGACAUGGAGAUAAAAAUGCGCAAUCUGCUUCAAGAGGUGUACUUUGGGAAAACACGGGACGUUGUAUAUGAUUUGAGAAGCGUCGACGACUUGGAGAAGGCACGAAAACAACGGGAAUUACAGAAAGAGCUCGUCGGGUUCAUCAAACGGUGA